ACAGCAACGCAAACACUUCCUCGCACGGCAUAGUGAGUACUUUGAAAGGGAGGGGAGAGAAACCCCACGGAGCUCAGUUUCCUCCCGCUCGCACGAUCAGGCAUGUGCACAGACUAAAAAAGUGAUGAGACUGAGAGAAACAGAUGCCGACGCCGCCGCACUUCUCCUUCAUAUUCCGGUGGAAGCAGUGCUGAGAGCGCGCGUGGUGUUUUCCUGCGGUUCUCCAAGUGUGACUCACGGCGCUCCUGCUAAACCUCUCUGCUGAUGGUGCAGCAAUGAUUCCGGCUUCCAACGCCGACUGCAUGGAAGAUUUCUUGCAGACCAGAGGUUACUCAUCCUCCACUUUCUCCUGCCCACCCAAGAUGGCUUGCCAUGAAUGCCACUCACAACUGCCAGCCUGACUGUGCCCUGGCUCUGUGAUCUCCCUGAGACUUUUCCCCAGUGUACUGCUACAACGCCGCCAAUUACCAUUCCCAUCUGUUGGCUGCCCUUCUCCCUGCUGCUCUCUCUGUCCAUGGCUGCCCUGCUGGGAUCUGUGUUCCUUCUGGUCCUACAGACAUAUGCUGCGCCUCCAGAUUUUAUCCAGAUGUGGCCCAGUGCACCAACCUCAGGCCCUGGAUAUCUGGAUAAUGAGACAGUCACCCCAUCCUUGGUGCCCCCACCUGGCACCAGCAAGCACCUCCCUCACAGCAUUAUCAUUGGUGUCCGUAAAGGUGGCACGCGUGCUCUUCUGGAGAUGCUGGACAUUCACCCUGAAGUAGCAGCAGCAGCUACUGAAGUUCACUUCUUUGACUGGGAUGAAAACUAUGCCAAGGGCCUAGAGUGGUACCAUGACCUUAUGCCGUAUUCAUAUCCUCACCAGAUAACCAUUGAAAAGACUCCAGGCUACUUCACCUCACCUUCAGCUCCACCCCGUAUCCAUGCCAUGAACUCCUCAAUGAAACUCCUGCUCAUCUUGAGAGACCCGGUCGAGCGAGUGAUCUCCGAUUACACGCAGGUGUACUUCAAUCGGCUGGAGAACCACAAGCCUGUUCAUGCCAUAGAGGACAUGCUGGUCAGAAACGGGGCACUUAACACACGCUACAAGGCCAUUCAGCGCAGUCUCUACGACACAUAUAUGAGGAACUGGCUCCUUCACUUCCCUCUGAAACAGAUCCACAUUGUGGAUGGGGACAUGCUGAUUCAUAACCCUUUGUCAGAGCUGCGAAAGGUGGAGCAUUUCCUCGAGCUGCCACCACGGAUAGUGGCCUCCAACUUCUACUUCAACCAGACCAAGGGCUUCUACUGCAUCCGCAGCGAUGGGAGAGAAAGAUGCCUGCAUGAGUCCAAAGGGCGACCUCAUCCUCCAGUGAACAGCACGGUUCUGGAGCAGCUCCGCUCCUACUUCCGCCAGCACAAUCACAAUUUCUACCAGCUGGUUGGACGCUCUUUUAACUGGGGCUAGUGCAGGGGAAUAACUGGGCCUGUUUUAGGUUCGUUGCCCGUAGUAAAGUUUCCUUGCCAACUUAUAAAGUUAUUGGAUUAUUAUCAGUAAUGUUGAGCCAGGGUGCAGGUGGAUGCCUUUGAACUCAUAUUGUGACUGCAGACUAAAUCUGCAAUGAGAAAAUUGUAAUCAUUAAGAAAAUUAUUGAACAAUUCAUUUAAUUUAUAAAUAAAUAUAUAUUGUGGGAUCACCCCCAGAGCAUUGAUCCUCUGUACUAUAAGCAAGUUACUGAAGGAGGACUGAAACAAAACAUUUUGUGAUCUCAUGGGCCUUUUUUUUCCUUCAUUUGAUAUUCUUGUACUUGAUAAUAAAUGGUUCUGUUUCCAUAACUGGAAAA